AUGGACCGGACAACAAUCGCUCUCGAACGUUCUAGACGAGGAAGAUUCCGUGUCGUCGGUCAUCCAGCGCUCAAGAACAACCUUCUCGCCGGGGUGGGAUACCUCGAGCUCGCCAAUGCCGGCGAUUUUGCGGCGAACGUAUGGAACGAGAUCCCGGUGCCUCGCCAUGCGAUGAUCCUCAUGGCUAUCGGUGGUCCUAUCGCGCUCCUCGUCUCUCUUGUUGCCGCGAGGGACCUGUAUCUUAGCUGGAGGAACGUGUCGCUCCUGUAUUCAGAACGCAGAGCACUUCAGUCCAUCACGUUUCGCAAUGAAAAGACAUCAGCUAUACUGGGCGUGAACGCGCGCGAGCUGGGCACCGAGGCUAUUGAUCGCAUGCUUAUGGACCUCUUCCUCGGAGUCGGCGCUUUACUGGUGGGCACGGGCACAAUUAUGGCUAUCUGGGGCGCCAACCACCGCGUCUUCCAGGCCAGCAACUUGCUCUCUGGCUUCAUCGGCAACGGCUGCGCUGCUCUGUUCGGCGUCCUGAACGCGUUCUGGUCGGCCUAUCUGGUCUACCGGUUCCAGCUCCGGUACGUUGCCUGCGAGCGUGAUCCGACCGUGCAGAGCAUCCGAGCAAAACUCCGGCACCGGGUGCGCAGGUUUCAGUGGCAUGCAGCAGUCAAUGGAAUGACCGGCCUAGUGUCUGGGAUGGCAUCUAUGGUGACCGCAAGGAUGUGGUGGGGGUACGUUGUACUGAUUCCUUGCGUUAUUGUCAUGAUCGCCAGCAAUCUGUUCUGGAGGAUGAAGCUCGGCUACGAUCGACCGGUCCUACUCAAUCUACAAGAUAGGAAAGCGGCAGAGGAGAAGCAUCAAGGUGAAGAUGACGGCGCGGUCGAGAUUCUGGCUUCGCUGGCGGCCGUGGAAGGAGUACGGAGCAGACUCCAGCACCUUGCUGAUGCUGGAUCCUUGAAGACUAACCUCACAUUCAUCAGCGAGAACCAGAUGCUUCAAUCGUUCUCGAUGUCUCUUCUACAAAGCUGGUCCGAUUACCGACUGUUCGCCGCGCCAGGGAGACUCACCGUCUCCGUCGAAGACUUGACGGUUGGAUCAGACGCUGAGAGGGCUCGGAUGGAGCAGGAGACCCGGCGAUUCCUACAUAAAGAAGCUCAAACUCUACUAGAUCAUCGCGAGCGAUAUCUGUUAGAAUUGAUCGGAGAGGUUGUGUGGGGGGAGGCUUGA